AUGAACGUACGGCGGCCCUCCUCAGGAAUUUCUUCCAGGGCCACCGGACUCGACCCGGACGGAACUCCAUCAGCGCCAACUGCAGAUUGCCCUCCCGACCCCAGACCGGCGGGCAUGGCCAGUCGUUUUGCCACUGUCAAACCCGUCUCGCAACGCCGCAAUGCUGGCAUGCCAACUCGAGUAGCCGCUCAGAGAUGCCUGUUCUUGGACCCCGGUGAGGCAACUGGAACACAAAACAUGUACGUCAAACCCGUUCGCCGAUGGGGCGGGAUAUCAUACCCUCCAACUGGUUCACCACAUCACAAUCCGCCGAAGAGGUCGGAUGCUCAGGAUCCCAUUUCACUUCGUCCCUUUUCGCACUCGCCAAGCCGUCUCCUCGCUGCCUCCUCACGAGUCACUACACGUUGGCGAAUGGAUCAAUAA